UUGAAACCCUAUUUAUAUAGAUCCAGCAACACCCUGAAUUAGAACCAUUCAUACCUUCAACCAACAUACAACACACAACCCAAAGAACAAGCUAGCACUACAAAUAUUCCAAGAAAAAUAAAGAAGAUGAGGACAAAAACCCACACCCCCCAGGAAACCCAACACACCUACAGCUACUCCCACCACCCCCCAUCCCUUCAAGGACACGCACCCAAACCAACAAUCCUCCUCCUUCACGGCUUCCCCUCAACAUCCUACGACUGGCGUCACCAAAUCCCCUACCUCUCAUCCCUCGGUUAUGGCAUCAUCGCCCCGGACCUCCUCGGCUAUGGGGCCACCAGCAAACCAUGCGACAUCACCGCGUACAAAACCAAGUCCAUGGCCGCGGAGAUAAUCUCCAUCCUGGACGCUGAGGGGGUCGACAAAGUCCAUGCCGUGGGACAUGACACGGGGUGCACGCUUCUGUCUCGAUUGGCGGACUACUUCCCAGAGAGAUUGCUGUCGUGUGUCUUUUUGGAUGUGCCGUAUAUGAGCCCCGGGGUGAGAUUUGAUUUGGAUACUGUGAAUAAAGUUACGAGGGAUAUCUUGGGGUUUGAGAGGUUUGGGUAUGUAGGCUUUUUUGCUAUGGAGGGCAGUGGGGAGUUGCUGGAUCGGUUUGCCGACUCAUUCUUCACCCUCUUCUACCCCCACAAUCCCUCACUAUGGACCUCACACCUUUGCCCAACUGGGACAAUAGAAGAAUGGCUUCUAUCCGACCAUCGAGCCCCAUUAGCUCCCUACAUCACUGAAGAAGAAUUUAAAACCCACCAAAAACUCCUAGUCGGUCACCACGCCUCAGCACUGAAUUGGUACCGGGCUCUGGUCUCGAAUAUCAACGUGGAAGACGAAGAACAGGCCCGUAUUACCCCUUCACUGUCUAUGCCGGUUCUCUUGGUUUGUCCGAGGAAGUCAAGCCUGGAGAUGCCCGGUCUGGAGGAGGGGAUGAGGGCUGUCUGCGCUGGCGAUUUGGUGGUAAGGAGGGUGUUGACGACGGGGCAUUGGGUUCAGUUGGAGGCGAGGGAGGAAGUUAAUCGGAUGCUUGGGGAGUUUUUUGAGGGUGUGAGGAGCUAGGGGGUAUGGGUUGGUGUUGUUGUAUAGUAUGGCCUUCUUUCUCUCCUCUUUUCUGGGAUUUUAUGAGAUAGGGAGCUUCGUAUGUGCACGUUUGGCCUUCAUGUCAUGUUUCUAAGAUGUGGAAGGUACCAAGCCAGAGUCUUAUAUUCUAGCAUGCUUUUCAGGCCUAGUGGUCUGUUUUUCAAGUCUUCAUAUAUACUUUUGCCUGUCUCUCAGAACUCUAGAUAUUUAGCUUUACUGUAC